AUGGCCUGCGCUUGGGACUUGAAAGGAUCUGCUGGAAAAAAGAUCCUAGUUUCGUUGACAGCCACAUCGGCCGAAACGAAGGGGCAGUGUAUCACAGUUUAUAACAAAGAUGCUGCAGACAACACGGCAGCAAAAAAAAUUUGUGUUGAAGAGGGAAACAACAAGUUUACUGGCGAUCUCGGAAAGGAUGUCACUGUGGAGUUUGAAGGUCCAACAGAACCGGAUAAAUCUAUCAAGAAUUUCGAGGUAUAUUAUCAACUUGAAGACGAGAAUACGGAUACAGUGAACCCUGCUGAAUGUAAUGUGAUUCCGGGACCACCAACAAACCAGGAUCAGUCAUUCACGGUAGCUAAAUCCGGAGACACUAUUCCAGCUGGCCUGACAUGUACAUGGAACAUUCAAACGACUGGUGGGAAGAAUAUACGUGUCAGCUUGAAUGUGGACUCGACGAAAACGGAGAACCAGUGUGUCGCGGUUGCCAAUGUAGACAAAACCGGAGCACAGAUAAUCUGUGGUAAAGAGCAAAACAACACGUUCACUUCCGGUGGACAAGGCGUUGUGAUCGUUUAUCCUGGCUCCAGGACAGCGAACACCCAACAGUCUAACUUCAAAAUACACUAUCAAUUCGAUGUCGCCGCGAAGUCCAUGUUGUCCACAAUGAUUCUCAUUGUAUGUGUUUCGUUUGGCAUGUACGAUCGGGAAUGGUGA